GUCCAUAAGUCUGAAAUCAUGGAAAAUCAAAGUUUUGUUACUGAGUUUAUUCUAUUGGGACUCUCACAGACUCCAGAUGUAGAGAAAAUCGUGUUUUUUGUCUUUUUACUUUUAUAUCUUGCAACUCUUGUGGGAAACUUGGUUAUCAUUUUAACAAUCACCAAUACUCCCUCUCUCCUAGGCUCCCCUAUGUACUUCUUCCUUUCUUUUUUGUCUUUCUUUGAUGUAUGUUUCUCUUCUGUUGUUACCCCCAAGGUAAUAGCAGGUUCCAUCCAUGUGAAAAACACCAUUUCCUUUGAAGGUUGUAUGACCCAGCUAUUUGCAGCACAUUUUUUUGGUGGUUCUGAGAUGCUAGUUCUCACAUUCAUGGCCUUUGACCGAUAUGUUGCUAUUUGCAAGCCAUUGCAUUAUGUAACCAUUAUGAACAGGAAGCUAUGUAUCCUACUGGUUAGUGUGGCCUGGGUAGGAGGCUUCUUACAUUCCUUGAUCCAGGUUCUUUUCAUAGCCCAGUUGCCUUUCUGUGGACCCAAUGUGAUUGAUCACUUUAUCUGUGACUUGUACCCAUUAUUGAAACUAGCAUGCACUGACACCCAUAAACUUGGUCUCAUGGUAAUUACAAACAGUGGACUCAUCUGUUCAAUUAGUUUUGUUCUCUUGCUUAUGUCUUAUGGAGUCAUCCUGCACUCAUUGAGGAAGUAUAAUGCUGAGUCUUGGCACAAAGCCCUUUCCACCUGUGGUUCCCACAUCACAGUUGUUGUAUUGUUUUUUGUUCCAUGCAUUUUUGAGUAUGCACGUCCUCCAACAACUUUCUCCUUUGACAAAACAGUAGAAAUUUUUUACACUAUUCUAAUUCCUAUGUUAAAUCCUUUUAUCUACACAUUUAGGAACACAGAGGUAAAAAAUGCUAUAAGGAAGUUGUGGGCCAGACCAACUAUUUCUAUUGUAAAAUAA